AUGAAGAAUAAUUUUAUGUCUACAACAACCCUCAGCCGUCAACUGGCGCCUUUAGUGACGCGCGCGCCUCCUUAUCAUCAGGGGCUGUGGCUAAAUAUGACGCCGGCGUUUACAGGCAGAGGAGUAGCCACUAUAGCCGACUGGUUUAGUUACUGUGGACCCUCGGACCCGGUCAUUCCUAUAGUCGCUCCGGAUGGGACUCAAGCAGACAAAGGAUCCCAGUGGCGUGUAGUGAAACUUACU